AUGAGUGAUGAGUUGGAAGUGUUUGACGCUCGACCGAAGCUGUUCAUAGUGGUGCUACAUUUGUCAAGCGACGCAUUGUCGGCGAUAGAGCUAUCCAGGAUCAAAGUCAAGUCGCCUACCAAGAAACAACUUGCCGUGAGCAAAAGAGCCGAACAAGUGAGCCAUUACAAGGCGAAUAUCACGCAAGAGGGCAGAAACAGACGGUUCUUGAGCCGACAAAGACAAGCAGAAUUAUCCACAGCCGCAAAGAAGUUAACCUUUGACACCGAAAAGAAAGUUCGAUUUUCAUUAAAAUAG